AUGGUUAAAAAACGUAAGCCAAACACAAUCACAAAACAGUCAGCUAUUCCCGAUCCCGUAUCGACUACAUCGAAUAUACAGCCGCCAACGGAAAGCGAUAAACCAAAUGAAAAAGUGACUCCUUGCGGCAUGGAAUCUCGUUCCACAGCGAAUGCUAAGAAAAAAGCGAAACAAAAAAUGAAAAGCAAAACCAACGCUAAUACUGGAUGGGUGGAGGAAACUGUCGAAGAAACUACAUUCAACAUUGAGCAAUGCAGAAACGCGCUCGAACAAGAUGAGCAUUGGGAGCUGCGGCGUGCAUUUUUGGAGAAAAACCAACAUAUUUUGCCACCGGACGAACUCACGUGUCUCGCACAGGUAUACAUGAACGUGCAACUGUUGGGCUGUCGCUAUCCUCCGGAAACAAUGGAAAUGGUUGAAAAGCUUGCCGAAGGUAUUGGGCGCGAUUAUCACCGGAGUCGUGCAUUUAUGCUGAAACGUACCUUCGUCUCGGCUUCGGAUGCGGCCGCCUCCAAAGUACGCAGGGAAGACCCUAUGAUUGCUGCAAACGUUGAUGCGACGUCGUCGGCUGGAAAGGCGACCGACGAUGCACAGAGCCCUGCUAUUCCCACAUUCUUGUUGAACUGUCUUCGGAACGACUUGAUUAUUUUGAACAACAAUUUCCGGCACACUAUGGCCACAUUUAACGCACUAAACAAUGGCGUAAAGAUCGAAGCAAACUUUCGUCCGAAUGGUCAGGGAAUGUACGAAGGUUUUGUGGAAGCCUCAGGCACUACAUUAGCGAAAGUGCUUGCCAGUGAUGGAAAGCGCGCACUGAGAAUGGCAAUGGAAAAUGCAAUGCAAGUGUUGUCACAGCAUUGCUAUUCGUUAACGCGCACGAAACGAGCCACCGAACUGGAUGGUAUAGAGGUGAUACAGAAAGAGGGCACUGAUGAGCAAGACGAUGCUGAAACUGACAAACUCGAUACGGGCAACGUUGGAUUUAAACUGCUGGCCAAACUGGGUUGGAGUGGUGGAUGUUUGGGUGUUCGCGGCGAUGGCAUAGUGAAUCCCGUUACCGUAAAUCAACAGUUCGGUCGUAAAGGGCUUGGGUUAAAGGCGACCCCGGCAAACCCAACCCAAGGCAAAAUGGAUCGUUCUAUGAUAAAGCAAAAGCUGAUGGAUUUACGCGAUGGAAAAAUCGAAGAUCAUCACAUUGUUUUCAGCAAUCAAUACUCUAAGGAGGACCGAAAACACAUCCACAUGCUUGCGAUGAACAUGAGAUUGAAAUCACAAAGCUAUGGGAAGGAUACCAACGGAACCCGGCAACUUGUGGUGAGCAGAAGGCAAUUGCGACCACGCGAACUGAUGCGAAAAAUUAUGCUUGAGAAGGAUCCAACUUUCUGCGAAAUGUACGAAGUUAAACCCCCGGCCGAGCAGGCAUAA